CCGUCUCCAAUCCAGUCCCGGCGAAGGACCGAGCAGCCCGACUCCGAUGUGUGCGUCCGGCUCACCAUCCCACCGAAUUAUGCUCGAGAAAGUGUGCACCUGCGAGUUCUGGUCGCGCAGCGAUUCUCGCCCUCGAGCUGGAGCUGGUUUUCGUAAUCGGAGUUGAACGAGUGACAGAUUUUGCGACCCACAUGUCUGGUCGACUGCGUGGUUGACUCUCUGGCUGGCUGGCUGGCUGGCUUCAGAUGGAGCAGCAGCCGAGGUUCUGACUGACACAGGCCCGAGUCUGAACAUCCUGCUCACGAACGGAUUGGAGGUGGGUGGAGGGAGGAUCUGGGUUGCUGCUGACAUGUUAGCCGAGCUGUUCACUCAGGCGUGCACAGUUCGCAUCAGAGGAACGCAGUGCCAGACUCGGGAGCUGAGUUACGGCAUGUACAAGUAAGAGCAUCCAUCCAUUCCAUGUCUGCGAGGGACAAUGGGGCUAUCAUCAGAUCCAGGCAGAAGUCAACGAAGAAUCUCGGCUCUUACGUCUCGAAUACACUCAAGGACUUGGGGGACAAGUCGCCCUUGUUGGGUUGGGUCAGCGACAUGUACUCGAUGGCGGCGAAAGCGCAGCGGAAUUUCUCGCGAGUGUUCAGCAUGGGGUCGAAAGCCAUGUCCGGAGGUGGCAAAGGCAAGAAGGCGGUGAAGGUGGCGGUGCAGAACAAUCUGGCAUCCAAGGCCGGAGCGGUCGUGUAUACGGGGGAAUCCGUCUCGCACUGGCAGGCAAGUAGCCACCGAACGCAAGUAGCAGCCUCGUCGGCUCAGAUGUUGAUAAAUCACGAGGAGGAGUACGAUGUACCCGAGUUCGUUCUGCCUUAUGAGAUCAGCGAAGUGCAUCCUCUGACAGCGGAAUUCUCCGAUGAGACGUACAGGUGGUUGGCUCGACACCAUAUCGACACGCAGGUGGGCGCCCAAGCAUGGAACAAGUUCAUGGACGAGGAAAUCCCGGGCUUGGCAGGUCAUGUGUACGUGGACACGCAGCCCAAGGAGUUUCUUUGGUGUUGCAAGUAUGUGGCUCUGGUCGUCAUUCUGGAUAACGUGUUGGACGAGCCGGAGGUGAUUGAGGAUCCCAAUAAAGCGGCCACUCUCAUCCUCGAAAUCAACAAGGUUCUCAUGUGGUUCUUCUCUGAAGACCCUCAUCUCCGCCAGUACUUGAAGCCUUUGUUCAAUUGUGUCUCCGCCGACCAACGCGACGAUGUUGUUAAUUCCUUCUCGAAAUCCCUCGCCUACGCCUAUACCAGCUCUCGUUCAGGACUGAUGAGUUUGAAAUUGCAACCAAUAUCAUCAGCUUUCAGGGACUUGUGGCUCGAGUACUGUGAAAGCCUGCCACAUGAAUGCGGCCUGAGAAUGGCGCGAUAUAUACAGAACUACUUACUGGGAUGUAUUAGUGAGACGAAGAAUAGAAAGUCGCAAGCGUUUCCCACUACAUUGGCUGAUUAUAUUCCCCUUCGAAGGCAAUCUGUUGGCAUGGAGCCCCUUAUCGUCGUGACAGAUCUCUUCGUCAAAGCUCGACAAUGGCCCGAAAUUCCAAAUUAUGUUUUCUACGGUCCACACAUGCAAAGACUCCUGAGAGCUCUCUCUGAUGUUACAGCGUGGCACAAUGAUGUGUACUCCUUUCCUAAGGAGGUCUUAAAGCGUGGGGAUCCUCACAAUCUGGUCUUCGUCAUCAGUCAAGAACAUGGAUGCUCGUACAUGGAAGCAGCAAUUCACGCCAUGGAAAUGAUCAACAACAGGAUCAAUGACCUAGAGACAGCGGCGGCCUACUUGCAGGUGGAAGCUCCCUACUCGAGUCAGAACGCAGUGGCAGAGUACACGAGAGUAUGCAGACAGUGGGUCACGGGCUCUCACCAAUGGCAUCAAAAGUCGAAUAGAUACAACGAAGACCACAGAAUCAUCUAAAAGUAUAGUUAUCCAAUCCUAUAUACUAGAGCAUGUUUCACAGAUCGAGAUAUCGUAGCAGCUGAAGAUGGGCAUGGCAGCUUUAUGACCCAAGUCACCUCUUUACGCUUUAGUUUCCCAUCCUUGUUUCGCUCUGCAGAGCAGGAGGUUGUACAGCAAUGUGCAGUGGCUACAUUGGGGAAUAAAGAUCACCCUCAGCGUUCAGCUCAUAUCUUCUGCUUCAAAAUCUUCACAGCCUACUCAA